AUGUAUCAUCCAAACAUCUUCUUCGCUACUGCGGUUUUUCUUUUCCUGAUCCAUGUGACAAGUUCAGUGGAUGACAGUUCAUUGAGGAUCCAACUCACGGAUGUUGUCAACUUACCUAUGGUCAAGAAUGUCUAUGAUAUUCGGAACUGGAGAACUGUUCUAAUACGAUCAGGCAUCCGUUACAAGCGAGACUGCGAUGAAAUAUUCCAAGCAGGCGACCGAAAGAGUGGCCUUUACAUAAUAGAACCAGAACACACUCGCAAACUUGUGGUCCAGUGUUACAUGGAUGGAUGCAACGGGUGGACAGUGAUCCAGCGUAAUACCCAUGACACUGUAAUGACGUGGUCGGAGACCUGGACAACCUACCAAUAUGGAUUUGGUAACUUGGAGGCAGAGCACUGGCUGGGCACGGAGUACAUCAGCCGCAUUAGCGAGCAGAAAUGGUACAAAGUCAGAAUAAAUUUAGUUGAUGCUAAUGGCAACCAUAAAUAUGCAGAAUAUGAUAGCUUUGUCUUGAGAAAUCAAACCAAUAGUUAUACGCUGAAGUUAGGGACCUAUGAAGGGAAUGCUGGUGACUCUCUCAGUUCUUCCCUGCACAAAAAUAUGCAUGACAACAUGAAGUUCUCUUGUAAAGAUAGAGACAACGACAGAUCUACCCUAGAAAACUGUGCAGAUAUCUAUGGGGGAUGUUGGUGGUAUGACUCCUGCUUUGAUGCACAGCUGAACCGCAAGGGGGGGAUUCACUGGAGCACGCUAUGUGAUGAGGACUGUAAGAAGUCGGAGAUCUUGCUGAAACCUAUCCACAUGUACUGCAACAGGGUUUAGAAUGUGCUCAGACUCAGUUGUCAUGAAUGGAUGUAAUGUUUAAUGGGUAGGAAACAGCAAAACUGCAGAUUCCU